GAAGUGAUGUCACGCCGGCUCUGGGUUUUGGGGAGAGGUGUUACCACGCUAGCCCGUGGAGGGAGGUGUUGCUGGCGGAAGAGGUUCGGCGGCUGAUGGCGUCUCUGGCUCGGAAGCCUCUUUAACGCGCUUCCUCUGCCCGGGAACCCCUCAGUAGAUAUACAAUGACAUCUUUUCAAGAAGUCCCAUUGCAGACUUCCAACUUUGCACAUGUUAUCUUUCAAAAUGUGGCCAAGAGUUAUCUUCCUAAUGCACAUCUGGAAUGUCAUUACACCUUAACUCCAUAUAUCCAUCCACAUCCAAAAGAUUGGGUUGGUAUAUUUAAGGUUGGAUGGAGUACUGCUCGCGAUUAUUAUACAUUUUUAUGGUCUCCUAUGCCUGAACAUUAUGUAGAAGGAACAACAGUUAAUUCUGUACUGGCAUUUCAAGGAUAUUACCUUCCAAAUGAUGAUGGAGAAUUUUAUCAGUUCUGUUACGUUACUCAUAAGGGUGAAAUUCGUGGAGCAAGUACACCUUUCCAGUUUCGAGCUUCUUCUCCAGUUGAAGAUUUGCUUACUAUGGAAGAUGAAGGAAAUUCUGACAUGUUGGUGGUGACUACAAAAGCUGGCCUUCUUGAGUUGAAAAUUGAGAAAACCAUGAAAGAAAAAGAAGAACUAUUAAAGUUAAUUGCCGUUUUAGAAAAAGAAACAGGACAACUUAGAGAACAAGUCGGAAGAAUGGAAAGAGAACUUACCCAUGAGAAAGAAAGAUGCGACCAACUGCAAGCAGAGCAAAAGGGUCUUACUGAAGUGUCACAAAGUUUAAAAACGGAAAAUGAGGAGUUUAAGAAGAAAUACAAUGAUGCUACAGCCAAGGCUCUCCAGCUUGAGGAAGAUAUUGUUUCAGUGACACAUAAAGCAAUUGAAAAAGAAACUGAAUUAGACAGUUUAAAAGACAAACUCAGGAAGGUACAACAUGAAAGAGAACAACUUGAGUGUCAGUUGAAGACAGAAAAGGAUGAGAAGGAACUUUAUAAGGUACAUUUGAAGAAUACAGAAAUAGAAAAUACCAAGCUUGUGUCAGAGGUCCAGACUUUAAAGAAUUUAGAUGGGAAUAAAGAAAGCAUGAUCACUCAUUUCAAAGAAGAGAUUGGCAGACUUCAGUUCUGUUUGGCUGAAAAGGAAAACAUGCAAAGGGCUUAUUUGCUUACAAACUCAACUAAGGAAGAUACAGUUUUUUUAAAGGAGCAACUUCGUAAAGCAGAGGAACAGGUUCAGGCAACUCGGCAAGAAGUUGUCUUUCUGGCUAAGGAACUUAGUGAUGCUGUAAAUGUGCGAGAUAAGACAAUGGCAGAUCUACAUACUGCACGUGUGGAAAAUGAGAAAGUCAAAAAGCAGUUAGCUGAUGCAGUGGCAGAACUUAAACUAAAUGCUGUGAAAAAAGAUCAGGAAAAGACUGAUACACUGGAACAUGAAUUGAGAAGAGAAGUUGAAGAUCUGAAACUCCGUCUUCAGAUGGCAGCAGAUCAUUAUAAAGAAAAAUUCAAGGAAUGCCAGAGGCUCCAAAAACAAAUAAAUAAACUUACCGACCAGUCAGCCAAUAAUAAUAGUGUCGUCACAAAGAAAAUCGGGAAUCAACAGAAAGUGAAUGAUGCUUCAAUAAACACAGAUCCAGCUAGUACUACUUCUACUAUAGAUGUAAAGCCACCACCUUCUGCAGCUGAGACAGAUUUUGACAUGGUAACAAAGGGGCAAGUCUGUGAAAUGACCAAAGAAAUUGCUGACAAAACAGAAAAGUAUAAAAAAUGUAAACAACUCUUGCAGGAUGAGAAAACAAAAUGCAAUAAAUACGCUGAUGAGCUUGCAAAAAUGGAGAUGAAAUGGAAAGAACAAGUGAAAAUUGCCGAAAAUGUAAAACUAGAACUAGCUGAAGUAGAAGACAAUUAUAAGCUUCAGUUGGCAGAGAAGGACAAAGAAAUAAAUGGUCUAAGUUCACAUUUGGAAAACCUGUCCAAGGAGAAGGAACUUAAAAGGAGUCUAGAAAAUCAAGCAGAAAGGAACCUGGAAGGUCAGAAUUCCCAGAGUCCUCAGCAGGUCUCACAAUGUCUCAGCCCAUGCUCAGAGCAAAAUGGUCAUGUUCCCGCAGUGCCAGAUCAACAACCAGUUCUGCAAUAUGGUAAUCCUUAUGCAACACAGGAAACAAAAGAUGGAGCAGGUGGUGCCUUUCACCAAGAUGAAAUCCAACGGCCACCUGUUAGAGUACCCUCUUGGGGGCUGGAAGACAAUGUUGUCUGCAGCCAACCUGCUCGAAACCUUAGUCGGCCUGAUGGUUUAGAAGACUCUGAGGAUAGCAAAGAAAACCUAUUAGAACCUAUUGCUUCUAAUCCCCCAAGUCAGCAUUUACGUGGACAUGGAGCAGGCUUUUGCUUUGAUUCCAGCUUUGAUCUUCACAAGAAGUGUCCCCUCUGUGAAUUAAUGUUCCCUCCCAACUAUGAUCAGAGCAAGUUUGAAGAACAUGUUGAAAGUCACUGGAAGGUGUGCCCAAUGUGCAGCGAGCAGUUUCCUCCUGACUAUGACCAGCAGGGCUUUGAAAGGCAUGUUCAGACCCAUUUUGACCAGAAUGUUUUAAAUUUUGACUAGCUACUUUUUGUUAUGAGUUAAUACAGUUUAGCAGUUAAAAAAAAAAAAAAAAAAUCACAAUCAAAUAGACAAUUUAGGAGUCCUCAAGGUGUCACUUCAAUAAGUCCUCUAUCACGCUUUUCUGACCAAAAGCUACUUUGCAGUUUGGUGUUACUAGGGUCAGGAUCAAUCUUUGGCUUAUCAAUAAAUAUAAUUUUAACCUCUGUUAAUCUUACCUGCUUUAAGAAAAGGAGUUCUUGUGUGCUUGUAUCUUUAUUUAUUCCCCAGUGUGUGAAAUGGUAUGAAUAAAGGAUACAGGGAUUAUUUUAAUGUUACCAUACUGAAAUAAUAUGUACAUAUAGUGUUAGAUUAUUUAGCAGGAUAUUUACAAGUUUCUGUUGACUUUGUUGAUUGAGCAUGACUACUAAAUAUUACGUAAUAAAAAGAAUUUAUCAUAAGUCUUGCAAAGUAAUUCCUUGAAUACAGAAAGUUCCAUAAUUUAGCUCAUGAAAUUAUAGUUUUUUAACCCUCUGUAGAAAAGGAGCUGCAUUUAGAAGAUUAACAUGCUUGCAGUGCAGCAUAUAUCCUUUUUAUAUUUGAAAUGUUUGCUGUAGAAAUUAGUAAGAAGGUUGCUUUAGGGCACUAACUUUAUUUAUAAAAAAAUUUUAGAAUAACCGGAAUGAUUAUUUUUUAAGCUGUCUUGAACUUGCAUUUAUAUCUAAUGGGAAAGUUGAACAACAUAAGUCAGAGCAGUUGUUUUAUUAAAGUGGUAUUUGUGGUGUGAAAACACAUAAUAUGUAUUGGUAUCUUUUUCAGUUUCCUGAUCAGAAUAUAACUGAAAUAAAAUUUCUCAACAUGAUUAAAAAUG